AUGUCGGAGUUAUUAGGCCGUUCGUAUGUACCGGUCCUUUAUUCAGCAUUGGUUAUCAAAAUCGAAUUACAGUUUAUUUUCGCAUUUACUGCAAACUAUGAUCCACUUGCGAUUAUAUGGUACUGUAGCACAACAACUACGGAUCUUCAAGUUCCAUUGAAAUAUAACCUUGUUGUCAAAAAUAUUGGCGAUAUUGAUCAACAAUUUAUUUGUCAAUCAUGUCACUUAGUUCUUCGACAACCUUUUCAACUUCGUUGUGGACAUCGACAAUGUCAAUCAUGUAUAGAAGCACAAAAUCAUAGUACUAUUCAUUGUUUCUCGUGUUCUGGAGUGUUCACCAUCAAUGAAGUUGAUGGGAGCAAAAGUGAAGAACAUUAUUUAACUUCAACACAUCAAUUAUUAUUGUUAAAUAUUCUCCGUCGUUUAAAAUUAACACGAGGAAAUUGUGAUCUACGGCAUAUAAUGGAAUUUUUCAAAGCACUCGCUAUCGUAUCAAAUGAUGCCGUAAUACUAAGCAAUAGAAUGCAACAAAUCACAGGCGAACGUGAUCUUCGACAACAAGCACUUCAACGUCAUAACCAUGAAUUCUCGGUGCUGAAGAUAUUGAUUCAAAAUCUUGAAACUGAUCUGAAUAGAUUCAUAACUAUUCAAAAUGCUUUGCCUCGAGAAAUUCUCUCUAUAGAACAACAGUUAGAUGAUAAACAAAUUAUAUCUUUCGAUGGUAGAUUAAAAUGGAAAAUAACUGAUCUUCGUGCAAAACUAUAUGAUGCUCGAUCUGAACGGCAACGAUCAAUAUAUUCACCUGAGUUUUAUUCAUCAAAGACUGGCUAUAAAAUCUGUUCAAGAUUAUUUCUAAAUGGAAUUAACGACGCUCGAAAUACACACAUGUCAAUAUAUUUCAUCUUAAUGCCUAAUGAAUACGAUGCUAUUCUUGAAUGGCCAUUUCCUUACAAAGUGAAGUUUUCUUUAAUUAACAAAGACAAUCAACAUCAUUUUGUUAAUUUCUUUUGGCCUGAUAUAAAUUCUAUCUCUUUUCAACGACCCCGAUUACAAAUGAACGAAGGUUAUGGUAUUGAAAAACUUAUUUCUCUUGAAGAAUUUCAACAAAAACAAGAUCAAUACAUACAAGAUGAUACAAUUUUUAUCGAAAUUAAAGUCGAUUUUAUCAGCAAACCACCAGGUAAAAACUAUUUCAUAUAG